AACGGUCGACGGGAGUCAGUCAGUCAGUCCGAGCUGCUGCCCCUGAGAGGAGGCCGGUUGACCAUUACCUCAGAUCGAACAAUUUACCUCAGAAAUACCUCGCGCGCCAUACCUCAGGAGCAGCAUUUUUUUAGGCAAAAUGUCCAAGGGACCAUCAAUAGGCAUUGAUCUUGGAACCACUUACUCCUGUGUCGGAGUCUUCCAACAUGGCAAAGUUGAAAUUAUUGCCAACGACCAAGGUAACCGCACCACUCCAAGCUAUGUUGCCUUUACUGAUACAGAAAGGCUCAUCGGUGAUGCCGCCAAGAACCAGGUGGCGAUGAAUCCAACCAACACAGUCUUUGAUGCAAAGCGUCUGAUUGGCCGCAGAUUUGAAGAUACUGUAGUCCAGGCUGAUAUGAAGCACUGGCCUUUUGAUGUUGUAAGUGAUGGUGGUCGUCCCAAAGUUCAAGUGGAAUAUAAAGGAGAGCAUAAGACUUUUUAUCCCGAGGAAAUUUCUUCAAUGGUGCUAACAAAAAUGAAGGAGAUUGCAGAAGCCUACCUUGGAAAGAUAGUUACAAACGCUGUUGUUACCGUACCUGCUUACUUCAAUGAUUCUCAGCGUCAAGCAACUAAAGAUGCCGGAACAAUUUCUGGCCUCAAUGUACUCCGUAUUAUAAAUGAACCAACAGCUGCAGCUAUUGCUUACGGGUUAGAUAAAAAGGUGGGUGCUGAAAGAAAUGUACUUAUUUUUGACCUGGGUGGUGGUACCUUUGACGUUUCCAUCUUGACCAUUGAAGAUGGAAUCUUUGAAGUGAAGUCAACAGCUGGUGACACUCAUCUUGGUGGUGAAGACUUUGACAGCCGAAUGGUCAACCACUUCAUUGCUGAAUUCAAACGCAAAUAUAAGAAAGAUGUUAGCGAUAAUAAGAGAGCUGUCCGCCGUCUCCGCACCGCUUGCGAACGUGCAAAGCGUACCCUGUCAUCGAGUACGCAAGCAAGUAUUGAGAUCGAUUCCCUAUAUGAGGGAGUUGAUUUCUACACCUCAAUCACCAGGGCACGUUUUGAAGAGCUCAAUGCUGACCUGUUCCGUGGCACACUAGAUCCUGUAGAGAAAUCCUUGCGUGAUGCCAAACUUGACAAGGCUCAGAUCCACGACAUUGUGCUCGUUGGUGGUUCCACUCGUAUUCCCAAAAUCCAGAAAUUACUGCAGGACUUCUUCAAUGGCAAAGAAUUGAAUAAGAGCAUCAAUCCUGAUGAGGCUGUUGCAUAUGGUGCAGCUGUGCAGGCUGCUAUCUUGGCUGGUGACAAAUCAGAGAACGUCCAAGAUCUGCUGCUGCUGGAUGUCACCCCUCUCUCCCUGGGUAUCGAGACAGCUGGUGGUGUUAUGACUGUACUCAUCAAGCGGAACACUACCAUUCCAACCAAACAAACUCAGACUUUCACCACAUACUCUGACAACCAGCCUGGUGUGCUCAUCCAGGUUUAUGAAGGUGAAAGGGCCAUGACUAAGGAUAACAACUUGCUGGGCAAGUUUGAGCUGACUGGAAUUCCACCUGCUCCACGAGGCGUACCUCAGAUUGAGGUGACAUUUGAUAUUGAUGCCAAUGGUAUCUUGAAUGUAUCUGCCGUGGACAAGAGCACUGGGAAGGAGAACAAGAUCACCAUCACAAAUGACAAAGGUCGUUUGAGCAAAGAAGACAUUGAGCGUAUGGUUCAGGAAGCUGAGAAAUACAAAGCAGAGGAUGAGCAGCAACGAGAUAAGGUGUCAUCAAAGAACUCUCUGGAAUCGUACACCUUCAAUAUGAAAGCUACCAUUGAGGAUGAAAAGUUAAAGGGAAAAAUUGGUGAUGAUGAUAAGCAGAAAAUUCUGGAAAAAUGUAAUGAAGUUAUCAACUGGCUAGACAAGAACCAGACUGCAGAAAAGGAUGAAUAUGAACAUCAACUGAAAGAAAUUGAGAAGAUCUGCAAUCCGAUCAUUACCAAAUUGUAUCAGAGUACUGGCGGGAUGCCUGGUGGUAUGCCAGAAGGCUUUCCUGGUGCUGGCUCUGUUCCUGGAGGAGGUUCCACUGGACCAACCAUUGAAGAAGUUGACUAAAGAUGUGGGAUGUUUUGUAUGUUUACAUCAGUAUUAGAUAACUGGAUGUUUACCUGUGUACUGCAAUUUAGGAAUGAGAAAUGUACUCUUACACUGGAAUUAAAUGUGGAAGUGAAUGACUAAGAUUG